UCUCUGUACAAGUCAGAGAAAAGUCAGAAAUUCAGAAGAAGAAGAAGAAGAGAGUCAUAGACGACGGACGGAGGAAACGACGCCAAUUCUCUUCUUAGGGUUUCUUCGAUCGUCGAUUUGAUUUUUUUUCUUUGUAAAUUUCUUCUCGGGUUGAAGAAGAAGAAGAAGAAGAAGAAGAUAAAGCAUCGAUCCAUGGCUGGUUGAUUAGAGUUUUCUCCGGGGUUUUCGGAGUUUUUGUUGUUCUUGGAUAAGAAAAGAAAAGAUGGCAGUCUCUUUUCCUCGUCUUCCGAGGUGGUUGUGUGGUGGCAACACUAAAGAUAGAGAGAAGAAAGAGUCGAUGACUAAAGGAUCUUCUUCAUUGAGUCCUUCACUCAAGAAGACUACUAAGGCUGGCUCUUCCUCCUCUUCAUCGGUGAAGAAGACCAAGAGAGGAUGGAUUGGUGGAAGAGGAGGGUCUGGAUCAGGAGAAGAGGACAAGAUGGGGAAUGUUGUGUUUCCUGAACCAGAUGACCCAGAGUGGUCAAUUGGUUGGGUUGAGCCACAUGGAGCAGGGUUUAAAACUGAAGACGAUGAGUGUGGUGGCUUUGUGGUUUUGGUUCCUCUUUACAAGAAAGUUAUCGAUGGUUCAGGGAAUCAGAUCUCUAAUGGCUUCUUCUCUCCUACUGAUGGGAAGAACAUGGAACAGUGGCUGUCGUCUAUGGGGAAGCUAUAAACUGGAGAUUGAGAAGAAGAAUAAGACUAUUUCUCUUUUGUUUCAGUAUCAAAAAUCGAAUAAUCUCACACAAAAAAAAAAAGAAGAAAAGAAAAAAAGAAAGAAGCACAAGAUUCGUGGAUAGCUUCUGGAGACUUCUAUUGUUUCUCUGUUUGAAGCGAGUGACAACAAAACACUAAGUCAUCUCUCAAGAAUCUACUAAUGGACAAAGAUGAUGGUGAUGGAGACUUAGCAACAUGAAGCUGAAUUGAUAUGAAUAUGAUUUGAGAGUAUUGGAUAUUUUUCAUGUGGGUUUUUUUUUUUCUCUCUCUCGUGAAAGCGUUUCUGCUUCACUUCUGUGGUCGAGAAAAAAUUGGGUUUGGAAAAGAAGAAAAAAAAAAGUAUCUUUUUUUCUUUUGUUCUUUUGUGGUUUGAUGAUGUGUAAUAUUAGUGUACAUGUACAUAAGUUUGUUUUCUUGAA